UUCUGUCGGUGAUCUUGAACAAAUUUAAACAAGAAAAGCCCCCAUUCUCUCCCCAAUUUCAUUUUCCCACCAUCUUUCUUCCAGAUCAGCUCUACAAUUUUCACAUAUAGUACAUACAUACAGAAAGAGUGAGAGAGAGAGAAACAUGUCAUUAAACAGAGAUAGAUCGUGUAAUCCAACAGUGGUGAAGGUCGGAAUAAUAUUAUUGGGUGUGUGUCUGGUGGGUUAUUUGGUGGGCCCACCUUUAUACUGGCAUGUUCUUGAAGGUUUAGCCGCCGUCCGCCGGUCCUCCGCCGCCGUCUCCUGCCCUACAUGCAACUGCGACUGUGAUUCUCAGCCCCUUCUUUCCAUUCCUCAAGCUGUAAGCAAUGGUUCUUUCACAGACUGUGCAAAGCAUGAUCCUGAAGUGAACGGAGAAACCGAAAAGAAUUUCGCAGACCUUUUAUCAGAGGAACUAAGGUUACGCGAAGCUGAAGCAUUAGAAAGCCAACAACGUGCUGACAUGGCACUUCUCGAGGCGAAGAAGCUGACAUCACAAUAUCAAAAAGAAGCCGACAAGUGUAACUCCGGAAUGGAAACUUGUGAAGAAGCCCGUGAAAAAGCCGAAGCAGCUUUGAUUGCGCAAAAACGUCAGAGUGAAUUGUGGCAGUCGAGAGCCCGGCAAAGAGGGUGGAAGGAAAACAGUUCUAAAGCGGUAAAGACCGCGUGAUACUAGCUUACAGUUGCAUAGUGAUUUUUUGAGUUUUGAUGUUUAUGAGAUCAAGUCCUCUUAUUAUAUGUAACAAUUUGUUAGCUUAUAGCUUAAAAUCAAUUGUUGUUUGGAUGAAGAUUUUAUACUAUAUUGUUUUUGGGGGUUACUUUUAAGUUAAUUUAUGUGAAAAAAAAAAUAUUAAUUAGCA